AUGUCUACGGACUCGGAAACCGUCAAGCGGACUGUCAUGAAGCAGGUCCUCGAGGAGGCCAACCUUGCCAAUGCCCGUACUUUGAUCGAGAACGUCCAAACAAACUGCUUCGAAAAGUGCAUCCUGAAGCCUGGCACCUCCCUCUCCAAGAGCGAUGAGGCCUGCGUCACAUCCUGCAUGGAAAAGUACAUGGCUGCGUGGAACCAGGUCAACGCCGCCUUCAUCACCCGCAUCCGCCGCGAGCAGGCCACCCUCUAA